AUGGCCUUCCACUGGGAUAAGCUCUCGCCAGCGGAAUUCCAACAACUUCAGGACUUGGCAGCUUAUUCCACGCGCAAGCUCCAGGAUGUUCUGACUGAAUUUUGUGGGAGCACCACGACGCCCAGCGGCGUGCCGAAAUAUCAUCCAGACGGGGACAUCGACUACGAGGGUUUCCGCAAAUUCCUGAAUUCGUAUCUGGAGAUCGAAACGAAGGAUGAAUUAUGCCGACAUCUUUUCCUUUCGUUCAUCAGGAAGGGCUCGCGCGGAGUGGACAGCAAAGCCUUCAAAGAGAUGGCCGUGCUCUCCUCGACAACCGCCUGCGCCGCAAUUACAUCGCACACGACUUCCAGCAGUAACGUUAAUAGCACCGGCAUAUCAGGCGGGGCCACGGAGAGCCACGUUGGAUCCUCGCUGGCCGAAAAAAUUCACGGAAUUACGGAAAAAUUGCAGGCGCUAGGCCAUCAUAGAACGGAAAGCGAAGCCUCGAGGACACGAACGGGAAGCGUGCAUCCGAUGUUAACGGUCACCCAUACGUCGUACAGCUGUCACGACGUUCUAGAGAAGAAGAGCACGGAUAGCAGCCCAAGUCAAAGCCAAAUGUCGCGUAAUUCAUCCAGGAAGUCGAACAAUUCCCUCCUUGUCAACAACGGGAAAUUGGAAGAGAUGAGGCAUCUUGUCAGAAAGCAAAGCACAAUAGACGUCCAGUCCGUUAAAGUCAGCCUCAAAGACAUCGUUUGUUAUCUCUCCCUCUUGGAAGCUGGCAGCCCGGUAGAAAAAUUGGAAUUUAUGUUCCGGCUGUAUGAUACGGAUGGAAACGGCGUCCUUGAUACGAACGAGAUGGACUGCAUCGUAAAUCAAAUGAUGAACGUCGCAGAGUAUCUCGGCUGGGACGUCUCAGAGCUGAAACCGAUUCUACAAGAUAUGAUGAUAGAAAUUGACUACGACGCAGAUGGUACAGUCUCGCUGGAAGAAUGGAAGAGAGGUGGCCUCACGACAAUACCCCUGCUGGUUCUUCUGGGCCUGGAUUCCGACGUGAAGGAAGACGGGAACCAUCUGUGGAGGCUAAAACAUUUCAGCAAACCCGCGUAUUGCAAUCUCUGUCUAAAUAUGUUGGUUGGCCUCGGCAAGAAAGGACUUUGCUGUGCCAUUUGCAAAUACACGGUGCACGAGAGAUGUGUGCAAAGAGCGCCACCCUCCUGCAUAGCCACUUAUGUCAAGAGCAAAAAGACAUCCCAAACAAUGGCUCAUCACUGGGUCGAAGGUAAUUGCCACGGAAAAUGUUCCAAAUGCAGAAAGACGAUCAAGAGUUACAAUGGCAUCACCGGCUUAAGAUGCAGAUGGUGUCAGUUAACCUUGCACAAUAGAUGUGCGUCACAAGUGCGAGCGGAAUGUACGCUCGGCGAUCAUGCGGUACACAUCCUUCCACCUACGGCAAUUUGCCCUGUUGUGCUCGAUAGACAAAGGUCAUUGUCGAGGGACAGCAAACGUGGUAGCAAACACUGUCAGGACAGCUCAUCAGUCAGUUCCGGUGUUUUCCUGAGCUGCGGUAGUUCGUCGGAUCAGCAACCAGCUAUGUCCUUUCAAAUAACACCACCGGAGAACACGACGCCGCUUUUGGUUUUCAUAAAUCCAAAAUCGGGCGGCCGGCAAGGGGAGCGAAUGUUACGGAAGUUUCAAUACAUUCUGAACCCUCGUCAGGUUCAUAAUCUAGAACUCGGUGGGCCAAUGCAGGGCUUGCAGAUGUUUAAGGACGUCGAAAAUUUUAAAGUGAUCUGUUGCGGCGGCGACGGAACAGUCGGCUGGGUUUUAGAAACCAUGGAUCGCGUGCAAUUCGAGAAACAACCUGCCGUUGGCGUUAUACCUCUCGGUACGGGCAAUGAUCUAGCCAGAUGCUUACGCUGGGGUGGUGGUUACGAAGGUGAAGCGGUACACAAAGUGCUUAAGAAAAUAGAGAAGGCAACGCAGGUGAUGAUGGACCGCUGGCAAAUAGAAGUGGAUCAAAAGGACGAAAAGAAACCGAAUCAAGAUAGUAUACCAUACAAUAUCAUCAACAAUUAUUUCUCGGUGGGCGUCGACGCCGCCAUAUGCGUCAAAUUCCACAUGGAGAGGGAAAAGAAUCCCGAGAAGUUUAAUAGCAGAAUGAAAAAUAAGCUGUGGUACUUUGAAUACGCAACCACGGAGCAGUUCGCUGCCAGUUGCAAAAAUCUCCACGAGGAUCUCGAGAUAAUUUGCGACGGUACGCCGCUGGAUUUGGCGCACGGUCCAUCUCUGCAAGGAGUCGCAUUGCUAAACAUUCCUUUCACUCACGGGGGUUCGAACCUCUGGGGCGAACAUCACACGCGGCACCGUCUUGGCAAACGAAAAAAGCGACCCGACAAAGAGCUCAGUACCAGUAGCUUCAAUUCCGUAGAUCUCACAGCCGCUAUUCAAGACAUUGGGGACAAUCUCAUAGAGGUGAUCGGUCUGGAGAACUGCUUGCACAUGGGUCAAGUAAAGACCGGACUGCGACAUUCUGGUAGAAGACUAGCCCAGUGUAGCAGCGUCACCAUCAUCACGAACACCAUCAUCACGAACAAACGAUUCCCCAUGCAAAUUGACGGCGAACCUUGGAUGCAGGGUCCUUGCACGAUUCGCAUCACACAUAAAAAUCAGGUACCGAUGCUGAUGGCACCACCGCCAGAAAAGAGCAAGGGCUUCUUCCGAUUCUUAAAGAGGUGAACGCAGCAGCUUUUACGCUUUUACUGAAGGAGGAUGGAUACUAUCGAGUGAAAAAGAUCAAUUCCACCUGUCUCUAUCCAGUCUUGUCAUCGUCCGGCACGUUUAUUCGUCUUUAUUACGACAGAAAUGUAUCGAUUCCAUCGUAUGUAGUCGCAGCUUCGAUACACGUCUAAACGCGAGGAACGCGAGCGUCAGCGCGCCUUAGGUAUUCUUGUGUACAGUAUUUUUCAAAAUAAACGAAAUUUUAUGUCCUAGUCUUAGAUCACGCCACAAGCGGUAGACUCGACCGUUUUAAGCCUUUUUACAAAACUUUCGUUUGUUACCCUUAACUGACAAGAUGUGAAGUGAAAAGUGAUCAGUUCGCCGUACAUCGUAAUGGCUCUGCCGUCAUUCAGUCGCGAGCUCGAUAAAUUUAUUUCACACAAAUUCGCUUCAAUUAAAGUAUCUUUCAAAUUUAACACGAAUAGACUCGCGUCGACACAAAGACGUCGUCUUUCCAGUUGAGGGCCAAAUUAUCUCGCACGAGUGUCGAGUAGUCGCGCAGCGAGCGCUUUCACGUUCCGAGUUCUGAGUCUACCGCUUCUUGCAUGUGCAGAUCGACCGGCGCAUGUAUUUACGCAACAAAUAGACGACAUAUUAACACGGCGAGUAUUGUGCGGCAUCGUGCAAACGAGAGUGGAGUUGUAACGGCCACUUCAACUAACGCAAAUAUGGAUGCGAUUCUUUCAAGAAUCUUCUAUCGCCGAACAAUUAGCGUCUCUAGCGUAGAAAGGAAUGGGCAAACAGAUGGACUGGACUGGUCGACAUUUUCGCUUGUGAUACGUGAUAUAUAUAUUCCUAAUUCUGGUUCUCCUUUGCACGAAUCCGUCCGUCAAACACGAUUCACACACUGUCCUCAAUUAACUCUAGGUUUUUUGUACCAAGGGCUUAGCCGUAAACGCUUAGGCAUAAAUCACAAUGGUUUAUUUAUUUGUAUGAUGUAUUUAUUUAUUUAUUUUUCGCGUACCUUAUAAGUCAGAGCAAUAUAUCAAAGCAUAUCAACGAGCAAGAUUGCGAUUACGUAGCACGUUGUAAUAAUUGGUUAUUAAGUAUUUGUAUCGUGAAAUUAUUAAAUCAGUGGAUAUCAUUUAAUUUUCGCGGAUUUUAAUUGAAUAGCAAAUAUACAUGAGGCAAUCUAGAAGAAACUGUACCCGCGAUAGCGCAACGUACAGUCAAACGCUGCUGCCAGCAGGAUUGGACGUUUCGUGUAAAAUAUAAAUAAUUUACAUUGCCUGUAUAUAAUGUGAAAUAUGUAAACUGUAUCUUACGUGUCAUCUAUGUAAACAACGAUGAAGAUUCAGAUUUCAUCAGAAAUUUAUAUUCCAUUUUUUCAAUUUUAAUAUUAUAUAUUUUUAUGUUAUCAAUACUAAAGUCAGAUACAUUAAGAAUCAUAAAACUUAAUUAUUUUUUCCUGUAUUAUUUACAUUUCUUGUAAAGAACAUUGACUGCCAGCGUACUCGACCGAACUGCGAGUCUGGUUUCUUUUCGAUUGCCCAUGUAUAUAUAACUUGCGUUUUUAUUAUUUUAGAUAUUUAUUGUUUUUACUAAUUGUAUAUAAUAAUACUUUUCACAUUUCACAUUUUCAUGUUUCUGCACUUCGUGCCCGCAAAGGAUUAAAACUAAAUUUCUCUUGUAUAUCGAUUAAUACGUUGUCUUAUUACACGUAUAUGAGCACUCAUAUUCUACCUAUAUUAUUAAAUAACCCUAUACUGAUCUAAGUAACAGGUGCUUCAAAACGCUUCUCUUUUUCUCUGCUACUGUUAUUCCAAUUUAAACUUUAUAUACCAAUGACGAUCGAUUCAAUAUCAUUUCUUAAAAUUUCUGUAAACAUUAAGAGGAAGAAAGUAGCCCCCUAAUAUAGCCAUUAAGUGUAUCGUCUAUUAAAUCAUAUAGAUUCUAUAUUUCCGUGCACUCGUUAGACAUAUUUUCGUUAGUACGAUACGAAAUCUGAGAUAUAUCAAUUUUUAAUCUAAUUGUAGCGAAAUGAAACUUUGUUUUUGUAAUUAUAUAUACAUAUAUAUUAUACACAUAUAUAUAUAUACGCAGCCAAAGAAGAAUAAUAUAUACAAUUUAAAAUCCCGCAGGGACCAUCUCGAUAUAUAAACGAUAAAGAUUUUAAAUUUUUCAUAUCUUCAUGCAGACCGAGAUUCUAAUCUUUUGUAAUAUUUAGACUGUCAUUUUCGCGACGUCUCUCGCAGCUAUUUUAGAUUUCACUUGCGUCAAAUGCAUUACUCGGAAUAAAUUGGAGACGUAAUAAUUAAUUGAUUUUAGAGUAACAAGUAUUAAAAAUGGAAGUUUUACAUAGUAUAGUUUGAAAUUCAAAGUACAACAUUACACGUCUACUAGGUAGAUGGUUUAGCUUACUCUCCACCCGCCGAGUAUCACUCAUGAUCGUCAUUGUUUUUUUACCGCAAUAUAUUGUGUGCAUAUAUAAUUUACGUAUGACGAUUAACGCGGUCGAUUAGUCGCUAGAUAAAUCGAAAUACUACGCUUACAAAUAAAACUUGUAAUCGCGGUGAAGGAAGGAAAAGAAGUUUUAAUUUUUGAGUUGUUACCUACUAGCGAGCGAGCUCUAUAGAAUGAAAAAAAAAAAACGACGAGUGAAAAAUCGCCGCGAGGACAAACGGAAGUCUAUCCUUGCGGUCCUACGUCCCUUCGAUCUGUGAAUACUAACGGCACAAUAACGACGAUAUUGUUUUUCUAUUGGAUUGGCGCAGUGUCUCAGUGUGCUUUGUCAUUGUGUAACAUUAUAUAUGAUGCGAGAAGACCCAAAAAUUACUCGUUAUACGGCAGUACGUGGAAAUGUAAGACAUUCGCGACGAGGACUUGGAAAUUCGUAGGCACAGUUUUGCGACGAUCGUUAAUAUCUGAGAUAAAAAUUGGAAGGAAAGAGCCGUGUACCGUGUAUCGUCAAUAUUCGAAGAAGAAUCUCACCGAUAUUUAAUCUCCGAGAUUGUAGUCAUUUCGUCGUAAAGAAUGUGGUCGUGAAGAGUGAAUCGGAUGUAAAAGAAUUCUAUUAAUUAGAAUUGUUAUACUGACUCUUGCAUACUGUCCUGAAGAAGAUUCUGUCUUGCAGAACAAAUGGAUCGAUCCUGUACGAAAAAUAUGCAGAACAAAUGCAAGUAGUAAAUUUAACAUGUAUGUAUGUACAUACAGUAAUGACAAUGAUAUAGACAAGAUUGAUAGCCAAUGCAGAUCACUUAGCAGAAUUAUACGCAGAUAACAACUGUUACAAAUAUAAUCAGGAUAACAUUUUUUUGCUGAUACAAUAAUUGUUUGAAAUCGUUAAUUUUUUUUAAAUUCUUUAGUAACGAGAUCUUUGUGGAAUCUCGCAAAAAUAAAUGAUUAAAAAAUGUUAGGUAGAAAUUUAUGUUAUGUAAAAUUAUCUUCACAUACUUAACUUGUAAAUUUCUUUGAGUAUUUCUUUUACAGCUAUUAAAUAAUUUAAUUUUGGCAUUCGAAAAAUGUGUUAUCGAAUACUAUCGCUGUAAAUUCUUUUCUGUACGCCACACUAAAGCUUUAUUAUAUCUUUUUCCAACAAAAUUAAAUAAAAAAGAUUAAUCAUAAAGUCUAAUUUUGACAUGAAUAAAACAUGAAACUAAUACCUACAUUAAAAAUAAAUUAAGAAAAACAAAGAGCAGUGCAAUUUCAAAUUAAUUCUUCGUCUGGAUUAAGAGUUCAGUUUCACAGUUUACAAACUUUUGACUUUCUUACAAUGCGCUUAGCUUUCACGUGAGCAAAAAGCGAGCUACAGACAUUCUGAAUUCUACGUUGCUAAUAAUUAUGCACAAGUUAAAUGUUAUUGGCAAUAUCAUUAAUUACAAUAUAUUGCGAUCCGAUUCACUUUUCCCUUUUUGCUUUCGAUGAAAAUACUUGAUCCAAAAUAAUGUCUGGCAUAUGGAACGUACGCGUAUAGUCGUUAAGCGCUACUUGUGAAACGACAUUAGCUGAAUUUACUGCCAUCUUUUUUUGGGUCUACGUACGUUUGAGCACUACUGCCAUUUUCCAAAGGAUAGACACAUACGCGAACGAAAAAGCCUGUCUAUAGUGUAAUAUAACAUAAGAAAUAAAAUGUAAAUUUAUCGCGAA